AUGAACUCUCGUGCUUUAAUUCAAAAAGCUGCCAGAUUGAGCUCUAGGGUCUCCACUAGAGCCUUAAGCACGCCUCCUACAAAUGACACUACCCAUUUUGGCUUCAAGACCGUCAACAAGGAAGACAAGGAAAAGUUGGUGAGAGGUGUUUUCUCGUCGGUUGCUUCUAACUACGACGUCAUGAACGACGCCAUGUCCAUGGGUGUCCACAGACUCUGGAAGCACCAUUUCAUCAACAGAUUGGACGCCGGAAUGAGGCCAGGCUCGUCUCGUCCAUUGGAUUUUCUCGAUGUUGCUGGAGGUACCGGAGACAUUGCUUUCGGAUUAUUGGACCAUGCUGAAAAGCAAUUCCACGACAACAAAUCCACCAUGACCAUUGCAGACAUCAAUCCAGACAUGUUGGCUGAGGGCCAGUUGCGUUAUCAGAAGCUGAAGUGGAAUGAUGGCAGUGAUCGUGUGAAAUUCUUGGUGCAGAACGGUGAGACGAUGGAAUCCAUCCCAGACAACUCCAAGGACGUGUACACCAUUGCUUUUGGCAUCAGAAACUUUACCAACAUCCAAGCCGGUUUGAAUACCGCAUACAGAGUGUUGAAGCCGGGAGGAAUUUUUGCUUGUCUUGAGUUUUCUCACGUGGAGAACCCAGUCGUGGACUACAUCUACCAGGCCUAUUCGUUUAGCAUGCUACCUUUGAUGGGUCAACUUAUUGCUGAUGACAGAGAUUCUUACCAGUACUUGGUGGAGAGUAUUCAGCGUUUCCCCAAACAGGAGGAGUUCCGUGGCAUGAUUGAGAAAGCUGGUUUCUACGUCCCCGAGAAGGGCUACGAGAACUUGACUUUCGGUGUUGCCAGUAUUCACAUUGGUGUGAAGCUUUGA